UUUUUAAGGCCGGUGGCGAAGGCGAGUAACAUUUGGCGACGCGACUUAGAGCGCAACACGACACUCGCUCGCUGUCUCGCUCCCGCCCUCUGCUCCUCCCAAUCCCCAGAAGCGGAGGGAGAGAGGCGCAGAUCUUGUGUUCCUUCUGCAUCUCCCUUCAGAUCCGGGUUCCCACUUCUGGGAUCUAUCCUCUGAUCCGGCUGGGCGUCGGAUUCGUCGCGGUUCUUGGGUGAUGAUGAGGUGUGGUUUUUAGAUCGAGGAAGUGAGAGGGGAUUUCGAUUGGAUUGGAGAUGGGCGAGGGCGCGGGGUUCCAGCUGGGGACCGUCGGAGCGCUGAGCCUGUCGGUGGUCUCGUCGGUGUCGAUCGUGAUCUGUAACAAGGCGUUGAUGAGCUCCCUUGGCUUCAUAUUUGCCACUACUUUGACAAGCUGGCAUCUAUUGGUUACCUUCUGCUCUCUUCAUGUGGCAUUAUUGAUGAAACUGUUUGAGCACAAACCUUUUGAUCGAAAGGCCGUGUUGGGUUUUGGAGUACUCAAUGGAAUCUCCAUAGGGCUAUUAAAUUUAAGCUUGGGUUUCAACUCUGUUGGGUUUUAUCAGAUGACGAAGCUAGCAAUCAUUCCUUGUACCGUCUUCCUGGAGACUGUCUUUUUGGCGAAGAAGUUCAGUCGGAGUAUUCAGUUCUCACUUUCCAUCCUUCUUUUGGGUGUUGGAAUUGCAACCGUGACAGAUUUGCAGCUUAAUUUGCUAGGAUCUGUAUUGUCUCUUCUAGCAAUAGUUACGACUUGCGUUGCACAAAUUAUGACAAACACUAUACAAAAGAAGUUUAAGGUCUCCUCAACCCAACUUUUAUAUCAGUCUGCCCCUUAUCAAGCUUUAACCCUGUUCGUUUCUGGUCCAUUUCUUGAUGGGCUUCUAACAAACCAGAAUGUGUUUGCAUUCAAUUACACUCCUCAAGUUCUUGUUUUCAUUGUGCUUUCAUGCCUAAUAUCAGUCUCGGUCAACUUCAGCACAUUUCUUGUGAUUGGGAAGACGUCGCCUGUGACAUAUCAAGUUUUGGGUCAUCUCAAAACUUGCCUGGUUCUGACUUUUGGUUAUGUCUUACUUCAUGAUCCAUUUAGUUGGAGGAAUAUCUUUGGGAUCUCAGUUGCAAUCGUUGGUAUGGUUUUGUAUUCUUAUAUCUGCACAAUUGAGGGCCAGCAGAAAGCUCGUGAAGCAUCUUCUCAGAUGUUGCAGGUGAAAGACAAUGACUCUGACCCUUUGAUGAGAGCUGAGAGUGGAGCUGGCAUAGAUGCUGAUGGUGCUGCUCCAACAGCAACAGUAUGGAGCUCAAACAAAGAUUUGCGUGCUUGAAAUCUGCUCCAAUCUACACCAUCACACAUGCAGACCCAAAGUUAUCUGAAUGUCAUGAUGUUGGAAGAGAAGACCCCCUUAUCUUUCCGAAAUCAAAGUAAAAGCUUUGCAUAAUUAGUUCGUAAGGCAAUUUAUAUUUGCAUACGUUCUCGUGUGCAUUUUUAUUUAGAUUCUUGCAAUCUUUCAGUGAAGCGCAUCAAAUUCUUCUUCAUAAGGUGCCAUCCGCAAUUUGUAUCUCAAAAACUCUAUGAUUACACCACGGAAAUGAAGUGAGAAUCUUGAAUUC